AAUACCUAGUCAAUUUCAUUGAGUAUCAAAAAUAUAUGAAUACAUAAAUAAAAUAACAGAACAAAAUGCUGAGAGUAGUAUUGAUAGCAUUUUUAAUUAAACUCAUUUCGGGAACGGUAUUCCAUGAGUGUGGAGGAGGAUAUCCCACAGCGACCAGUGUUGACAUCACUGGUUGUACUAAUGACCCGUGCGUUUUGAAACAAGGCUCAAGCGUUACGCUUAAGAUGGACUUCUUAGCAAAUCAACACACGUACUCGCCUAUAUUUACGCUGCAAACGUAUACGGGCAGUGCAUGGGUGGACAUAUCGGCCAAACAAAGUGGUUUCGACCGGAAUGUCUGCCACCACACCACCUGUCCCAUGAAUGCGGGCGAUAAGCGAACAUUUACCCAAACCCUGGUCAUCGACUCCCUCUACACGCCGGGCACUAUCUGGCUAUCGGCUAUGUUAUCGGAUAGAGCAGGUGUUGACCUCGCUGGUUGUGUUAAUGACCCGUGCGUUUUGAAACAGGGCACAAGCGUUACGCUUAAGAUGGACUUCGUAGCAAAUCAACCCAGCUACGCCCCCCUAGUUACAUUGCAAGCGUAUACGGGCAGUGCAUGGGUGGACAUAUCGGCCAAACAAAGUGGUUUCGACCGGAAUGUCUGCCACCACACAGUCUGUCCCAUGAAUGCGGGCGAUAAGCGAACCUUUACACAGACCCUGGUCAUCGACUCCCUCUACACGACGGGCACUAUCUGGUUGGCGCCUAUGCUAUCGGAUAGAGCAGGGUAUAUUAUGUGCGCGUAUAUUCCGGUUGAAGUUAGCGCCUGAUUGUGUAGCACACACUACAUUUGAAAUGUUUCUAGGUGCAAAAUAUUUUUUCAUAAGA